AUGUCCGUGCGAUUUCUAUUUAUAGCCAUCAUCACUGCGGAUACAUUUUCAGUUGCAUCGGGCGGUCAGUUUCGCUCUAUUUUUCGUGUACGUUAAAGAAACUGAAUUUUUCAAGAUUGUUUAAAAUUUUUCUAGUGCGGUGUAGCACAUUCCGCGCCAGCUUGUCUCUUUUUUUCCCUAAAAAUACCGUAUACCAAUUUUGACGGAACUUCGCUAAAAGGCCUUUGUUUUUUUCUUACUUUUACAGUACCUCUGUUCUUUUUUUCCGGGUGUUUUUCAAAUGUGACCGUCCUGCGCAGUACAUAAUAUACAGAAUGUAAGUCAAAUGUGUGCCCAAUUGUCAAAAUUUGCAGUUGAAUGGUGCAAACGACCAAUGUUGUGCUAUGCGUCUGGAUGUGCGGUUCCGGACGAAUGUGCUGUUUCCGAUUGUCAAAACACUGAAGCACCCAUCUACGUGGAAAAUUUAGCCUCCGAAGAAAGUGUUCAUACUUUCCUAGCUAGAGCUAUUAAGAUCAGUACUCUGACCGUAAUUGGAAACGAGAAACUGUUCUUACCUGAAAAUGUUAUUGAAAUCAUCCACGGCGGGACAGGUACGUUUUUUCCUCUAUUUCUGUUUUUGAAUGACCAAUUCAAAACUCAAUCUUACCAAGGAAUGGCCUCUGGACGCAGCGGGACUUCUGAAUGAGAUCAGCUUUUCUAAAUGUAGUUUUUCACUAUGAUCUCAAAUCUGGAAGCAGAAGCCUGAUACGUCUUUGAAAAAAUUUAGGAGAAAAGUAAUUUUUCCUAUUUCGAGAAAAUCGCGCAAAUCUACUUUUUUCGGUAAAAGAUGAUAGUCAUAAUUAAAAACUGCGACUUUCGAAGAAUUUUGGAGAAAAAAAAUAGUUCUAUUGGUUCUAUCAGCGUAUCUGUGACCACAUGGUAUCAUGGAACUUUUUUUUCGCGUUAUCGCAUUCUCCAGACUUUUUUUCUUGAAAUUUAGAAUUAAAGCUAGUAACUCCUGAAACUCACGAAAUCUUUUUCCAUUCGAUGAAUAUGAAAAAAAUAUUAGAACACGCUAAAAAAAUAUAUAACUAAAAAUAUAUCUUGAAAAGGGAGAACAGACUGUUCUUUUCGUUAGUGAGAAGAAACCGAAAUUCGAUCUUUUUCAUGUAUUUUUCAUGCUCUUUUUAGUAUCUCUUCCAAUAUGAUCUCUCACUCAUCGCGGAUUUUAGCCUCCAUUGGUUUUUUUUUUCUAAAAACUCACAGGUUUUUUAGGACCGGCAGUCACUCUAAAGAAUGCCAAAUUUGACGAAGAUGCAUUUAAAAACUUGGAAAAAAUAACGGUUGAUGAUCCAUACAUUUAUUGCGACGUAGAAAAUAAAUUAAUCGACAUAGAAGGAGUUCUUGAACCACAAGUGAAAGGUCGCCUGGAAAAAGUGGCGAGUCAGGUGGGUUUUUUUUCUUCUGAAAGUUGAGCUAAAUUUUUCCCUCCUGAAUUGAUGGGCAGGGAGAUUUGCAACUGCUUCGGAUUUUUAAUUCCGAAAUCACAAAAAUAGAAAAAUCGGAUAAAAUCAGUCAAUUUUUCUUCAAUUUCGAUCGGCAUUCUCUCAGUACCCUAAGGCGCUAAUUAAUCUCUUUUGGGUUUACCUGCCACUACCAUUCAUUCAAAAAAAAAAACAAUACAAACGCCUGAGGUUGCCGACAAUCUUUCUCAUUUGGAAGUUUGUAAUAGUUUAAUGCACGGUUUCUCGAAAAUUUAGUGGAAUCAGUAACAAAGUCUAUUAUUAAAUGUUUCAAACUUUCUUUCAAUUUCCCGAGUAAGUCCUUUUCAGACGCUGGUCAUGUGUGAUAAGCCGAGACCCGAUUUUGAUGCCGAGUUCAAUUCGCUGGUCGUCAGUCCAUUGGAAUCUCCUUUGAAUGUUAGUGAGCAAAAAAAUGUACCUUCUGGCAGAAAAUGCUUCAAAUAUGGUUUACUUUUUUGAAAUUUUAUUCGUAAACUGAAGUCUUUGAAGAUGCCGUUUUCUAUAGUGCCAGCGUCGCAAUCGGAGUCCUUCUUGUUUUUUGCAUCGCUCUGUUGUAUCUGUGUGUCCAAAUAUACAGAGCUCCUCUUCCGAGAAGGAGCGCUCAUUCAUCAGGUGAUUAAAAAUCGCAGAUUGUUUGAACAAUCGCAGAUUGUUUGACAAAUGUAAAUGAAAUUUCGAAUUUUACACUAAAAAAUUCAAUUCUGAAAAAUCUGUAUUCAAAUUUUACGUUUCAACGAUAAAAGCUUUCUAUAAAUCUUUAUCACUUGAAGUCAAAAAUUUUCGAAUUAAUAUGUAUAGAAAAAUUUUUUUGUAUUAAUUUGCUGUGAGCUCCUUUCAAAAAGUUGGACAGAAAUUAGUGUAAUUUUUUUUUCUUCCCUUCUCUCUUUAAUGAACGACUACAAUCAGUAAAAGUAUGUUUUCAGGCCAAAAAAAGAGCAAAGGAACCCGACAAGGUGGUGAAACGGGGCGGCAAAGUAACGAAACUGGGCGAGAAAAUGACGAAAAGGCCUCGACAGGUAGCGAAACGAUUCCGAAAAGUAGCGAAAAUGAGCGGAUAUUCGCCGAAAAGGAGCCGAAAGUUGACGAAAAAGAACAGAAAAUUGGCGAGAAAGUGCAGAUAAAUGACGAAAAAGCCAGUAAAAGUGACGAGAAGGAGCCGAAAAAUGACCAAAAUGCACGAAAAAGUGACGAAACAGUCCGAAAAAGUGACGAAACGAUUCGAAAAAGUGACGAGAAAAUGCAGAAACUUGACGAAAAGGUGCAGAAAAAUGACGAAAAGGCUCGAAAAAGUGACGAGACGGCCCGGAAAGAGAGCAAGAAGGAGCAAAAAGUUGACGAACAAGCCCGAAAAAAUAGUAAGAAAGAGCGGAAGGUUGACGAAAAAGUCCGAAAAAUCAGCGAAAAGAUCCGAAAAAGUAGCAAGAAGGAGCGGAAAAGCAGAAAAACGACAUCUUCUGAAAAGAAACCCGACUUGAAAUCGAAACGGAAAGGUGCCGGAUCAGAAGUUUUGAAGUUGAAGGAUGCCGUGGGAAUUGGAAGAAUCUAUGAGGGUAAAAAGAACGUCAAGAAGGAAGAUUUGUGUUGA